AACAAAACCAUUGUAAAGAAACACCAGAGGAGAGGAAGCUAAGUAAAAUGGAAGGCCGUAUAGUGUUAUACCCAAUAAUGGCCAUUGGCCAUAUUGUAUCAAUGGUGGAGCUGGGCAAGCUCAUUCUCCGCCACUACCACCACCGCUUCUCCGUCACAGUCAUCAUCGCAGAGGGACCUAUUGACACCCCUGAUGUCACCGCCUUCCUUCGCCACAUCUCCGAAACCACCCAUUCCAUUACCUUCCACCACCUCCCCUCCCUUUUUAUAAAACCUUCUCCGAAUCGACCCCGUCCAUUGGUCUGUACUGAAUUCAUUCACCUCAACAACCCAAAUCUUACCCACGCUCUCCAAACUAUCUCGAAGAUCUCCAGGGUUCGAGCCUUAGUCAUAGAUUUCUUCUGUACCCCAGCCCUCACCGUGGCAUCCGAUCUUGGCAUCCCCGCUUACUACUUCCUCACUGGCGGCGCUGUCACACUCUCCUUCCUUCUCUAUCUCCCAAUCAUUCAUAAACAAACUACCAAGAGCUUCAGAGACAUAUCCACCACCAAUCUCCACUUCCCUGGUUUGCCCCCAAUUCCUGCCUCAUACUUGCCCUAUCCAGUUCAGGAUCGACAGAGCCAGAUGUACAAUGACGUCUUGGAGAUUGGUUUAAACCUACGCAGAUCAAAGGGAAUUAUGGUGAACACCUUUGAGUGUCUUGAGUCAACAUUGAUCAAAGCCAUCACUGAUGGGCUCUGCGCACCAGAUGGUCCAACCCCACCUGUUUACUGCAUCGGACCAUUGAUAGCCAGCCCUAACAAUCGAAGUGGGGAGGGUGAUGAAGCUGUACAUCACUGCUUGUCAUGGCUUGAUGCUCAACCAAGUCAAAGUGUCGUGUUCUUGUGUUUUGGGAGUGGAGGUGUGUUCUCAGCAAAACAAGUGAGGGACAUCGCUAUUGGGUUGGAGAAGAGCGGCCAGAGGUUCUUGUGGGUUGUGCGCCAGCCGGUCUCUGAGGACAAUAACAAACACUUGGCGUCGGAACAUAAAGACCCAGAUUUGGAGGCUCUGUUACCUCAAGGCUUCUUGGAUCGGAACAAGGAGAGGGCUCUUGUGGUAAAAUCAUGGGCACCACAAGUUGAAGUGCUGAAUCAUGAAUCUGUUGGUGGCUUUGUGACUCAUUGUGGGUGGAAUUCUGUUUUGGAAGCGGUGUGUGCAGGGGUGCCUAUGGUGGCGUGGCCUCUGUAUGCCGAGCAGCGUAUGAACAAGGUGUUUUUGGUGGAAGAGAUGAAGUUUGCAAUGCCAAUGGAAGAAUCGGAAAAUGGGUUAGUGAGUGCAGCAGAGGUGGAGAAAAGGGUGAGAGCGUUGAUGGAAUCGGAAGAAGGGAGAGUGCUUAGAGAACAGAGUCGGAAGAUGAAGGAAGAGGCCAUGACUGUGUGGUCCGAGUGUGGCUCUUCUAUGACUGCUUUCUCCAAGCUGGCUGACUCAUGGAUCAAUCACUAACCACUCGGAUGACUCAAAGAUGUGAACGUGCU